UUGCUGAAACAAGUUUAUGGUCAGCUUUCAGCCAUUCUUAGAUGGAAUAAAAUUGCAAGUAUAGGAUCUUGUAGAAUAAUGUUCAUUCUGCAAAAUCUUAUAUGUCACCAAACAAUGGACUUCAGAUUAAGGGAAUUUUCCACCUCCAGAACAUUGUGUAUUCUAUUUUUCCAUGCCUACAAAUGAGGUCCAGAGAAGAUUUUUCGCAAGUCAACGAAUAAACGAAAGCGGCAUAACGGGUUAGCAAAAAUUUUGCAUUCAUUUUAUUUUCGUUAGUACUUCGCAACGAAUCAUUAUUUCAACUUCAUUUUUUAGUAUUGGAAAGAGCAACAUCUGAAUUUCCAUCACUCUCUAAAUAUCAAUAUUUGUUCAUUGUCUACUUUUAUAAGUUUUCAUUGUGACAACGUAAGAAAGUAGACAAUGGAGAACUAUUACUAUUGACAGAGUGAUGGAAAUGUCCUUCGACCAUAGUGAGUAUUAUGCAGGAAGACGGUUCGAUGAUCGAUUUUUUCAAUGGUGAAAACUCGAGCUUGAUAGCUCUGAACAAAUCGAAAGUUUUCCGAAAAAUGAUGGUGAUAAAAAGAAAAUUAAUGUAAAACGUUUGCUUUACCCAUUAGACGAAAAUUUUCACAUGACUACUUUCUCGAUUUUCUGAGUCUACCACGAGAAAGUGAAAUAGAAGAAGUAAAUACAAUGGAGUUUUCAUAAAAAUCUAGAGCAGAGAAUUCUUCAUCAAUGUUAAAUAUAUUAUAUAUGCCAAUCCAAUGUGACGAACAUAACCUACACAAAUCGAUAAAAGUCUGCAACAAAAAUAUGAGAUGACAGUUAGAUGAAUGAGAAACAACUUAUCUUUUAAAUUUGUACAAACAAAACAAUUUGGGUUGAAAGCAUAACAACAAAGAUCUGAUAAACUUUGAAUCUUUUUCACUGAGAUUAGUUCGGUUCAUAAAAAACACGAGCCGAACUCAUAUCUAUCAAGUAUUGAUAUCGUCGUUAAAACAAUGUUGAUAAGAUCGUUUUGUUUUUGAAAAAUUUUUCAUGCGCCAUUUAUAAAUGAAUCUAGUUAAAAAUUCGUCCUGCUGAAAAAACACGUACUGAUAAAAGUUCAUUCAUACGAACUCUUAUUCGAAUUGGUACACUUUUUAAUGGUCAUACUAGCUUUGAUAACAAUUGAUGUAGCAACCAUUGGAUUAGAUGAUGUUCGAUGUCGUAUUUUAAUUAUUCCAUAAGAUCCUAUUCUUUUUACCAAGUAAAAUAUGAAUGUUGAAUCAAAACAAGCGCUAUUCCAUAUGCAUAAAGAGACUCAUUCAGUUUCAUGAUUUUGUCGAUUAUAUCGCAAGUAAAUUAUUGAAAUUUCCAAUAACUUGUGUUCCAAAAUCUUUCGAACUACAGUCUAUUCAAGUAGAAGUAGUAAUUGAGAAAAUAUAUAAAAUUAUUAAGAAAUCAACGUUAAAUAGCAUAUAUAAUAUUGGCGGCAAAAAGUAUAUAAUACGAAAGAAAGAAAGAAUGGAUUCAUUAUUGGAAAUACGUCAUGAAAACAAAUCAAUACUGAAUAUGCCAUUAAUAGAUAAAGUUGUCAAUGGAUUCAAUACAGACUAUCUGAAGUCACUUGAAUAUUUAGAAAAAGCACUAGCUACGGAACAGAAUGUUUUUGUUUGGAGGGCAUUAUGUUAGGACUGCCAACUGCAAAGGUGUCGAAUGGGAUAUAAAAGGUCUCUAAUGGGAUACAUGUGGGGUACAAUUUUUUUUAAAUGGGGUGCACUGAUGGGGCACAUAAUUUUUCCAAAAUUCAAGGGUGUGAGACGAAAAAAUGGCUGAAGUAAAUGCUUUUUGGGGUAUGGGUGUAGUGUGGAUAUAUCAUGUUACUGCAUCCUUAGUUACGUCCACACUCCACACCUACACACCUACAUCCACACCCUGGAAAUAAAAGGCAUUAAACUAAAGAGCUACAACUCAGAGCCAAGAACUCAAAAGCAUGAAUUUACCAAAGUUUUAAUUUCAGAGAUUGAAGUAGAAAAAAAGCCAUAUAGUGUUAACAAGCGAGGCGGCAAAAAUCGAAAACUUAAAAUUGCAAGUAGAGUAAGAAAUGAAGCCUGAACAAUGCAACCCUAAAUUAACGAAAAUACACAAAUUAAAAUCGGAUAUCAAUAAUUGAAAUUUUUUUCCUGUAGUACUCUCACGACUCUUGGAUGUCGACAACUUCCUGUAUAGAAAUGUAUUUCUGUCGUAGAAUUCUGAAUGUUCAGAUGUAUGGGAAAGUUUCCAGCAAGUUUUAGAAAGAAAGGUAUGAGAAACUUUUCCAUGAUGUUGUGAAAGUAGGAUCAUGAACAAAAUGUGAAAAAAUUCGUACAAUUGCAGUUCAAAUUUAUUAUUAUUUCAAAUAGAAACAAAAAAAACCACUGAAUCAAUUAUGAUUAUCAACAUUAGGAUCAGGAUGACAUUGAAUACAACGGCGGUCAUCUUUAUGAUUCAUAUUAUGUUCAUCCUAAUCAUGUGUAGUACAACGAUAAGCAUUUACAAAACGUUCAAAGUCAAAUUGAUCUAUUAAAAUAUUUUCUAAAUCAUCAUUGGUAUUAUCAAGAGAUGCAUUAGAAUCAUCUCUAUAAUCGUCCACAAAUGUUUCAUCGUCACUAUCAUCAUCGAAAAAAAUUAUAAUAAUUAACAUGUGUAUCAUUAUUGACAAUCAGCAAGUCACGACUAAAUCGAUCGACAUUUUUCAAGUAUACAUGACAAAUAUUAUCAUCUGGUGUCAUAUUAUUAAUAUAAUUUUUGAUGAAGUCAAUAAAUUGGCUUUCAAUUGAAUUGCGAUUAUUAAGGAGGGACAUCAGCUGCUGAUGGUUCAAGCUAGUAUCGGAAAAUACUUGAUAAUCCACGUCGUUGAAAAUAUUAUUAAUCUUGACAACCAAAUUAUGAGAUAACUGAUAAUUACAUCGAUAAUCGGAGGAUGAUGGUUCAUUGAAAAGUAAGUCGAGACGAGACAUGACUAAAACAAAAAACGAAACAAUCAUUUGUUAAUACCUGUAAUUAGAAUAAAAACAUAAGCUAAACAGAGAGAAAAAAAAUAAUUUUAUUUUAUUGAAUAAACCAAGGAAGAGACCAGCUAUUUAUAGCAAACAAUCGAUUUCCACAUAGAACCUAUUCAGUUUUGUGAAGUUGUAGUACUGUCUACUUUUCUCUUUUGUAUGUUAUCAGCCUCUAUAAAUUUUGUAAAUAAACGAAGAGAAAUCCAGAUUUAUGGUGUCAGUUCCUUUUCUUUUCUUUUUUCGUUCUGCCGAUAACGUUUUUCCGUCUGAUGACCUUGGUAUUAAUCCACGUUAAGGGCGGGGUGUGGGUGUAGGUGUGGGUUGUCUCUUCAUUAACACCCUCACUCGUACACCCCUAUCCACACCCACACCCAAAUUAUAUAACGAUUAUAUGACUUAUCAAAAUAAUAAAAAACCAGAAGAAUUAACUAAAACUUAAUCAAAACUAACAGCUGUCUUGAAUUUAUGACAAACACGUUGCAGAUGGUAUGAUAAAAUAAUAACUGAAAAAGAUCGUAGAAAUACAUUCCAAAACAAAGACUCUAACCAACAUAAUAGAGAAUACUGUAGAAUGACACGAAGUCAGUCCCGAUCACGACGUUCUACGAUAGUCAACCGUGACUAUGCAAUAGAUGAUGAUUCAUGUGAGUCCAUAGAAGAUACAAUGGAGGACAGAUCAGCAGACAUGGCAUCAACCUCGUCCAGGGAUAGAUUUGAGACGGAUAUCGAUUACGCUAGUGAUGAUGAUGAGGAGAAGGAGGAGGAAGAAAACUCGACUAGCCAAAGUCGUUCCUUUCACGAUCGAUCAUCAUAUUCAAGAAGACAUUCAUUCAAGGAUAGACUUGCUACCACUAAUAGGGGUAGUAAUACUCAAACGAUUACUCUUCAAAACUGGGAUCCACAAAUACCGUACAUGAACAAAAUUAAAUCAAGUACUAGUUUAAAAACAGCUUAUUAAAUUUAUUUAAAUGAACGUCAGUCGUAUUCUAAAUCACCAUCAUUUUAUUUUGAUAUAGCAUCAUAUUUUUUCUUACAAGCUCGUUCUUCAAAUUCAAAACAAUCAUCAGUUGAUGCAUUUAAUCAAUAUUAUGCACAGUCAAAUUAUAAUAUUUUAAAUGAGUAUCAAUAUAUUGGUUUACGUAUUCUUACAAAUGUUUUAGAAUUAGAAUUGGAAUCAGUACAAUUAUUACGAACUGUUGCUUAUAAACUUAUUGAAUUUGGUCUUUAUAAUUUAGCUGAGAAUAUUUUUCGAUAUAUUAUAAAUUUGAGAUCAGACGAGCCACAAUCAUUUCGAGAUCUAGCACUAUUAUUACAAGAAUCUAAUUCUGAAACAAAGAACCUUAUAGAAAUAUCAGAUCUAUUUAAGAAAGUUAUAUUUGGUGAAUGGAAUAAUCGUUAUUCAGAAAUUGAAGUUACCACAUUGCAUGAAUUGAAUUGUUUCAUAUUUCAAUUUCAUCAACAACAACAAAUAUUGAAUUCGAUUGAUAAUCGUCUUAUUCUUCAUUUACCUGUUGACUUAAGAAUUGUUAUGGUUUGGGAUACAAAUGAUACAGAUGUUGAUUUACAUGUUAUCGAACCGACAGGUGAAGAAUGUUAUUAUUCUCAUAAAAAUACAGUUAUUAGUGGUAUGAUAAGUCGUGAUUUUACACAAGGGUAUGGACCAGAAGAAUAUCUUGUUCGAAAGGCAGUCAAAGAUACAUAUAUAGUUCGAGCAAAAUAUUUUGCUAAUCAUCAACAAAGUCUAACGGGUGCAGCAACAAUCAUGAUACAUAUUUAUAAAUAUUAUGGACACUCAAAUCAACAAAAAGAAAUUGUUACAUUACGAUUGAGUAGUAAUCAGGAAAUGAUCGAUGUAUGCAAAGUGAAUUUCAAUGAUGAUAUUCAACAAAUUUCAAACAAUACAGUAACGAAUAAUCAAAAUUUGAAUACGAAUAUUCAUUUACAUAUGACGUGUGAUGGAUGUGAUAUGUCACCAAUAAAAGGAGAUCGUUACAAAUGUUUAUUUUAUCCCGAUAUUGAUUUUUGUCAAUCAUGUAAAUCUAUUAGUAGAACAAAUCAUAUUUCGAAUCAUCCAUUAUUACGUAUUAAAGAUUCCAGUGAAUAUCCAAAGUCAGUUUACUUAAACAAUCGUAAUAAAACCAAUCAUAAGAAUAAUCAAUGUAAUUCAUGUUUUAUGAAACUGCUUAUUGGUAUUCGUUAUAAAUGUACUUGUGGAAUUAAUUUAUGUGAAAAAUGUGAAUUCAUAGGUUUACAUGAUACAGAUCAUUGUCGUACAAAAAUAGGUAAAUCAGAAUGA